UAGUUUCUGAUCGGCUUUCAAGGCGAUCGUAAGUCGGUUUUUCUACCUGAUCUCUCUGAGAUGUCUCAACCCAGGCCGAUUUUGUACUACGACGAUCGCAGUCCGCCUGUACGCAGUUGCCUUAUGCUAAUCAAACUUCUGGAUAUCGACGUAGAGCUAAGGUUUGUCGAUCUUUUCAAGGGCGAGCAAUUCCAGAACGAUUUCUUGGAGUUGAACCCCCUUCACAGUGUUCCCACUUUGGUGCACGGCGACCUGGUGCUGACCGACAGCCAUGCCAUACUCAUUCACCUGGCGGAAAAGUACGACAAAGGCGGAAGCCUGUGGCCCCAGGAGCAUGAAGAACGUAUGAAGGUCCUGAACCUCCUGCUCUUUGAGUGCUCCUUUCUGUUCCGCCGUGACAGUGAUUUCAUGUCGGCGAUCGUCCGCCAGGGAUUCGCCCAGGUGGACGUGGCUCACCAUGAACGCAAACUGACCGAGGCGUAUAUCAUCAUGGAGCGCUACCUGGAAAACAGCGAUUUCAUGGCCGGGCGACAGCUGACGCUCGCCGACUUAUCCAUCGUGACCACAUUGAGCACCGUCAAUCUCAUGUUUCCCCUGUCGCAGUUCCCACGUCUGCGGCGCUGGUUCACCGCGAUGCAGCAGCUGGCUGCCUACGAGGCCAACUGCAGCGGACUGGAGAAGCUGCGUCGAACGAUGGAGACCGUCGGGGGCUUCCAGUUCCCGUCCCCAUCCUCCACCGCCCGCGAGGAAGGGGAGUAGCUCCGGAUGGUUAUUAAAAUCCGUGUUUAAUUUGACUUCGGGUCGGGGUAACUUGCUGUUUGCACUGCAGGCGAAGGGCUCACAGUGGGAUCUCCACAACAAGCAACUACGUAGCUCGAUCUUUAAAAUCCAAUAUUUCCAUAAAAUUCCGUAAUUUCAGUUGAUGCACAACAAGCAGAUGAGCUUCUGUUAUAAAUAUAAACAUUAAGUGAAAUGAAAUACAAAUACUGUUUGCAACAUUUUAAAUCAAGAUAAUGUGCAUAUAUGUAAAAUAAUAAAUCCAUUAAUAUACCCACAGAGAAGAGAGCAAGUUAAUUAAAAUUGCGAAUCAAAAUAUUUCAAACUUCAAACA